GGCGGCACCGGCGGGGGGAGGCGGCCGGGUCAGGCCGGGCCGGGCCGUGGCGGGGCCUGCGCAGCGGGACCGGGCCGGAGCCGCCGCGCUCCGCUCUCCCCGGGUCUUGGGUCGGGUCUGUAGGGUGGAGCUGAGCUGAGGAGAGGCGGGCAGCGGCGCUACAACCGGCGGGGCGAGCGCGGGGGCCGCCCACCGACCCCCGCCGGGCUCCCGGGACCCGGCAGCGGCGGGCGGCCGUCGGGGAUGUCCUACAAGCCCAUCGCUCCCGCCCCCGCUACCCCCGGAGCAGCCAGCGCCAGCCCCGCCCCGCCGGGGCCGGGGGCACCACCCGCCGGUGAGCGCAACCCCUCGCCACGAGCGUCCCGUCGCCCUCCGGUUCGGUCCCCGGCGCCGCCGCCGCGUUCCGGCCCCUCUUCAAUGACUUCGGGCCGCCGUCCAUGGGCUACGUGCAGGCGAUGAAGCCCCCCGGGGCUCAGGGCUCGCAGAGCACCUACACCGACCUGCUCUCCGUCAUCGAGGAGAUGGGCAAGGAGAUCCGGCCCACCUAUGCCGGCAGCAAGAGUGCCAUGGAGCGGCUGAAGCGGGGCAUCAUCCACGCCCGGGCGCUGGUCAGGGAGUGCCUGGCAGAGACAGAGCGGAACGCCCGCACGUAACGGCUGCUGUCACCCGGGAUCCCCCCCGGGGACCCCCGGUGUCCCUGCCCCGCUGGCGGCGGGGGGGGCUCUGUGCUGCCCGCACCCCCCCGGCUCUCUGCUCUUUAUAAAUGCGUGUUUUUAUAAAUAAAGGACAUGGUUGGGA